UCAUUCUACUCCGCUAUUGGUUAACGCAGAGCGGGCGUUGAAUCACCAUAGCAACGGCAAGCGGCAAGUUUGUGUGUGCGUAGGGUGCAGAGAAACUUUGUUGCCCCGUCGGCUGAUUACGGCGUCUACCGGACCAACCGCACUGCUGCAGCAAUGAGUGGGUAUUACCAAGGAACAACCAAAACCCAUCAGAUUCCAGUCGAUCAUCUUGACUACAAGUUCAUUGAGGAAUGUAAGGACGUCAAACAUCUUGAGAAGAUCUUGAGAGUUCUCAGGUUGGGAGAGGAAGGCCUCUACCCAGAUCUGACAGCAUUUUGUGAAAAGAGAAUUGAAGCUUUGUCUCCGAACAAUCGCGCCCUAAGAAAAGACAAACCCCCGGCCACUGCAGCGGACUUCUCCUUGGAAGACUGGCAAGAAAUUGGUGGCGAUCUGAAGAAUUUCUUAACAGAAAUAAAACUUACAGAACAAAGGCCUCCCUUCCAGCAAACCACGGAUAAUUUGCCUCCCAUUCGCAACUCUUCUAAUGCUCCAGCAACUAACAAGCAGAAAGGAAAAGAAUAUCAAUCGGCCGGCUCUAAGGUUCCUAGAGACUACAGAGACUGGGAUAGACUUGAUAUUGAAAAGGAACUAUCAGAAAUUGAUAAAAGUAAAGACAACGUUGAACAGUCAAAGACUGUUAUAAACACGACCGCUUCGAAAAUAAAGAAGAACGUUGCUACAAAGGGUAUCAGCUUAGAGCAAAAAAGAUCCCUUGCAGAACGUGAAAAGGACAAAGGGAAUGAAGCAUUCAGAUCUGGGGACUUUGAGGAGGCAAUAUUGUAUUAUAGUCGGAGUAUAUCUGUAUUACCCACAGCAGUUGCAUAUAACAACAGAGCCCAGACAGAGAUUAAACUAAAGAACUGGCAGAAUGCUCUGAAGGACUGUGACCAUGCAUUGGAUUUGGAGCCAGAGAAUGUGAAGGCUCUUCUGCGGCGUGCUGUGGUCAACAAAAACCUGAGUAAUUUUCAGGCUGCAUCCAGUGAUCUGCAGACUAUCCUGCUUCAUGAACCAGAAAAUCCAAUAGCAAAGAAAGUUUUGUGUGAAGUGGAAGAACUACAACAAAAAGAGAAAGCUGAGAAGUCAAAGAAAGGUAGACGAAUCGUCAUUCAGGACAUUGAGGGCUCAGAUGAAGAACAUCAAGACACAUCUGUGAAAGAGAAAGAAGCCGGUGUGACAGUGGGAGGAGGAGAGACUGCAGCCGAGCCGACUGAAAUGGGGAAUGCUCAAAAAAAGUUUUCCCCUAAGAAAGGAUAUGAAAAGGAGGAGGUCAAGCAGAGUCCCAGGCACAGCAAGGAGAACACCCAGAAUGGAGUAAAGAAGGACAACAGCAACGGGAAACCCCAAAACCACCCCGGACAGCCGGAGCAGAUCAGUGGUAAAGCUGCACUGAAGGCUCGCACCGGCAGCCAGGAAGCCAAGCUGUCACCGCAGCCCCUUCCUCUUGCUGCCCAGCUGAAAAAUGAAGGCAACCUGCUUUUUAAGAAUGGGCAGUUCGGGGAGGCUUCCGUCAAGUACUCGGAGGCUAUCGAAAACCUCAAGAACGCAGGUUCAGAGGACGCAGAAGAAUUGGGGAUCUUGUACUCGAACAGAGCAGCGUGCCACCUCAAAGAUGGGAACUGCGCACAGUGCAUCGAGGACUGCAGCAAUGCCCUGGAACUUCAGCCAUUCUCGCUAAAACCACUCUUGCGACGUGCAAUGGCAAAUGAGUCCCUUGAGAAGUACAGGCAAGCGUAUGUGGACUAUAAGGUCGCCCUUCAGAUUGACAGCGGGAUGCAGCUGGCCAACGACAGCAUCAACAGACUUACAAGAACGUUAAUUGAUCUGGAUGGAGACAACUGGAGAGAGAAGCUUCCCCCAAUCCCAUCCGUGCCUGUGUCCACCCAGCUGCAGCAUCAGGAAAAAAACAUGGCCACCACAAAUGCCCGUGCAGAAAAAGAGAUGGGUAAAUCCAUAGAGGAACGUUUCUUGUCCUUGAAACAGGAGGGGAAUGACUAUGUAAAGAAGUGCCAGUACAAAGAAGCAGAGAAGAGAUAUACUGAGUGUCUAGUGUUAAAACCAGAGGAAUGUACCGUGUACACAAAUAGAGCCCUGUGCUACUUGAAGCUGUGCCAGUAUGAAGAGGCCAGGCAGGACUGUGAAUGUGCCCUGCAGAGGGAUGCCUCCAAUGUCAAAGCCUUGUACAGGCGAGCUCAGGCCUACAAAGGAUUAAAGAAAUACCAAGAUUGUGCCAGGGAUCUCCAAAAACUCCUCUCAGUGGAUCCAGGUGUUACGGAAGCAAAAACUCUACUGACAGAAAUCACUCCCCUCUUAUCAACCAAUGGAGAAGAAAAACAGAGGAAGAAGAUCCUGAUAGAGGAGGUGGAGGAGAAAGAGAAGACAUCUAAUCCCAGUAAUGUCGAUGAAGACAAGGACUCGCUGAGGAAGACGCACAGCUCUGGCAUCACAAAGCCCAGCAAUGCCCUGGAAUUUGAGCAGCUCCUGAAUGGGAUGAGGGCAGGAAAGGAUCAGGAAGGCUGUGCCCAUCUACUGUCUAUAAUAGACCCAAAGGACUUACCUGUGUUUCUAAGCAACAAGCUGGAUACAGAGACUCUGCUGCUUAUUGUACAGUCACUAAAGCACCACGUCCUGGAGAAGAAUCCGGCCCUGGUCUACCGCCACCUGGCGCACCUCAGUUCAGCCGACAGAUUUUCGGUGGUGGUCUUACUACUCAACCAAGACGAAAAAGACCAAGUUCAAAGUGUCCUCACGAGUCUGUCAGGAAUGGAGAAUGAGAACUUUGACCGAGAUGCCAUAUCCAACCUCACAAAGACCUACGGACUGUGAACCCCUGUGGGUCAUAUGCACGAUUUAAUUGAUCUUAUCAUUAGGGAACGGUAAACUAUGCAAAUUGACCGUCAAUGUUCUCUUCAUUCUCAUACCGGCUCCAGUCCUGGAAGUGUCCGUGUAAGAAAUAUCUCAUCUGUCCGCUAUGGGCCCCGAUACCUGACCCGAUGAACAAUUCUGACCAUUAUUCCCCUCCCCGAUGUCCUAUUACCACUAUGGUGGCCGCAGUCGGCGCCGUGCUGAAUCUGCCCGUGCAAUGUAUAAUAAACGUGGUCAGUGCACUGUGUUGCGGCACAGUCAUCCAGGUAACACUGUGUAAUAGUUUUUGUUUUCUAUUAAAAAAUCCCAUGAAUACGCAGUAAAUGCA